AUGGCUCCUGUACACCGCUCUCGGAGCCGCAGUCCGGGCUCUCCCCGGAGAAGACGACAUGACAGCGGCUCUCCGGCCAAGAAGACGGGGAGGUCUCGGUCCCGAGACAAAGGAAUCAGCAACGGGCACCGGCGGAGCCGCUCCAGGGACAGAGCUGUGUUCAGCAGGCCGUACAGCAGUAAACAGUGGGGCGAUUACUAUGACAAGGGGAAGGAGGAGAUCCUCCGACAGAGGCAAGAGGCCUUCAUAGCCAGGCGUUUAAAUGAAAGGGAAAGGAUUGGGGAGUUGGGAGCUCCAGAAGUUUGGGGCUUUUCACCCAAAGUUCCAGAACCUGACUCAGAUGAACACACGCCUGUAGAAGAUGAAGAAAAAUCUAAAAAAACCAAUAGUUCUGAUUCUUCUGCUUCAGAAGAAGAAAAGAAGAAAAAAAAGAAAAAGAAAAAAAAGAAAAAGUCAGCAAAAAAGAAAAGUAAAAAGAACUCUGACGAAAGUGAGAGUGACUCCGAGUCUGAAAGCAGCGAUGAGAGGAAAAAAAAGAAAUCCAAGAAAAAGAAGAAAAAACAUCGAAAGAAGAAAUCAAAGAAAGAGAGAAGCAAAAAAAGUAGGAAAGAAUCAAGUGACUCCAGCAGUGAAGAUUCUGAUGAUGAACAGAUGCAGGAAGAUAGCUGGGUAGAGCGAAGAUUGCCUUAGUGUCUGGGAUUGACAGCAGCAGGAGCCGAUGGCUCCCACUCCUGCCUCAGCCAAUCAGGAGUAAGAGUCCACUGAGAACUAAGGCUCUCAUGGAUAUUGCUGGAUCAAGACGGGGGCUGCUACGCACAUAAUGGUUUUUUUUUUUUUUUUUUCAUUGUGCAUACAAUGCAUGAAGGUAAAAAAACCUUGAGAUUAGGGAAAUAAUUUUGCCUCUCUUCUAUAUGCUAACAUGAUAAUGUGUUUGUUUAGACAUCGCCGUAUGGAAGCUGUCCGUCUGCGUAAGGAGAACCAGAUUUACAGUGCAGAUGAGAAGAGGGCGCUGGCUUCAUUCAACCAAGAAGAGAGGCGGAAGAGGGAAAACAAAAUCCUGUCCAGCUUCAGAGAGAUGGUGUACAGAAAAACUAAAGUGAAAGAGGACAAAUGA